GGAUUGGCUACUUUCAGUUCAGAGUACGCAUGCUCUGACUUUCUCUCUCUUUCGUUUCUUCCACACUUAGAGUACGCACGCUCUGAUUCUCUCGAUUCUUCCAAAAUCAGAGUCAUACUGCUCCCGGUACCAUGAACGGAGACGACGCCUUUGCAAGGAGACCUAGGGUUGGUGCUCAAAUACCAGAGAAGAUACAAAAGCCCUUUGACGAUAUUGCCCAAUACUUCUCUAAGAAAGAGUGGGAAAAGAUGAAAGCCUCGGAGAAAAUCAUCUAUGUGUACAUGAAGAGAAAGUAUGAGGCCAUGACUAAACUAGGUUUCAAGGUCACCCUCCCACCUUUCAUGCGUAAUAAACGGGCCACAGACUUCCAGGGGAAUGAUUCUGAUAAUGACCGUAACCAUGGGAAUCAGGUUGAACGUCCUCAGAUGACUUUCAGCAUGCUCCAGGGAAUCUUCCCAAAGAUCACGCCCAAGAAGCCAGCAGAGGAAGGAAAUGAUUCGAAGGGAGUGCCAGAAGCAUCUGGCCCACAGAACGAUGGGAAACAGUUGUGCCCCCCGGGAAAACCAAGUACCUCUGAGAAGAUUAACGCGACAUCUGGACUCAAAAGGGGGAAACAUGCCUGGACCCACAGACUGUGUGAGAGAAAGCAGCUGGCGAUUUAUGAAGAGAUCAGCGACCCUUAGGAAGAUGACGAGUAACUUCCCUCAGGGAUAUGACACAUGCCCGUGAUGAGAAGCAGACCUUGGUGACCUUUCACGAACAUGGGCAUGGCGGCGGACCCCUUGUCAUCAGGUGUAUAGCAAGUGAAAGCAAGUGUUCACAACAGUGAAAAGUUGAGUGUCAUUUUUCUUAGUGUGCCAAGCAUUCUAUGUUAGCAUUUCCAUUGUAGUUUCUUGCAGUGUGCCAUUCUGUUAGAUAUUAGCAUUAUCACUGAUCAGCAAGACAUACUUAAUGCAUAUUUCAGUUUGUGUAUCCAUGCAUCUACCUUAGAAAACAAGUAUUGUCAGGUAUUCUCUGCAUAGAACAGCACUACCCUCCUCUCUCACCAGAUGUGACUACUGAGGGUAGUUCUGAGUGUUUAAUUUCAGAUUUUUUCUUCUACAUUUACACACCACACACACACACAUACACACACACACACACACCAAGAACCACUAUAAGUAUCUCCCGUCUGCUUUUCCCAUUGCCGUGCAUCCUGCUCAAGCCCCGCUCACUCCAUUUCCUGUUCAGCAUGUACUCCCCUCAUCCGAUUUCCCUUUAUCAAGUCACUGACAGUUAAUAAACAUUUGCAA